AUGGCUAAGCUCAUUUUCUUCCUCGCCGUCCAAGUCCUCUUCCUCGCCGCCGUUUCUUCCGCCGGAGAUGACGGUGAAAACUUCGCAAGAACCAUAGACCGGAAACUUCUUGGUCUCAACAAGAAAGAGAAACUAACUCAUUUCAAAGUCCAUUGGCAAGACAUCUUAAGCCGUCCAAACCCUACCUCCAUAAUGAUUCAGCCACCGGUUAAAAACUCUACUACAUACUUCGGAGGAAUCUCUAUGAUCGACAACGCUUUAACGGCGAAAGUUCCGACGAACUCCACGGUUUUAGGCCAAGCUCAAGGCUUUUACGCUGGAGCGGCCCAAAAGGAGUUAGGGUUUUUGAUGACUAUGAAUUUUGUUUUUAAGACAGGGAAAUAUAAUGGAAGCACGAUCACGAUUCUUGGUCGGAACACGGCGUUGUCGGAGGUCAGAGAGAUGCCGAUCGUCGGAGGAAGUGGGCUUUUCCGAUUUGCUAGAGGCUAUGUUGAAGCUCGGACAAAAUAUUUUAAUGCCAAGAACGGUGAUGCUACUGUGGAGUAUAGUUGUUACGUUUUGCAUUAUUGA